UAUAUAAACAUAAAACAUAAAAUAUUAUAUUUUUAUAUAUAUAUAGAUAUGCUUCGUAUCUGCGAAGCUUCGCUUUGUGGUCUCAGAUCUCUCUUACCAUGUGGUUUGUCCACCAUUCGCAUGUAAAAGUCGAGGAUUCUCUUUCCAUUUCCCACUCUCUUUUUCAAGAUCUAACUCUGUAAAGGUUUUGGGGUCAUCGAGCUUUGUGUUCUAAGCUUCUAGGGUUUGGAGAUUAUACAAGAUGGAGAAGGAUAAGUCCCCGAGCCAAGGUGGAGGUUUACCGCCUCAGACAGGGCGGUAUUCGGUCUUUACACCACCUGGGAACAGUUUUAAUGUGAAAUCCGAGCCAUCUCCUACAUCAGCAUUGCCUCCUUUGGGACCUGGUGGUACCACGGAAUCGGGUCAAUUUGGUCACGGGAAGUUAUCAGAUUCUAGUUUUAGCCAAGAUAUUAGCCGAAUGCCUGAUAACCCUCCAAAGAAUAUGGGCCACCGGCGUGCACAUUCAGAAAUCCUUACUCUUCCUGAUGACAUUAGCUUUGAUAGUGAUCUGGGUGUUGUGGGGGGCAUGGAUGGACCUUCAUUCUCAGAUGAGACUGAAGAAGAUUUAUUUUCUAUGUACCUUGACAUGGAUAAAUUCAAUGCAACUUCUGCAACAUCAACAUUUCAAAUGGGGGAACCAUCUUCUGCAGCGGCUCUGGCACCAGCACAGCCAACCUCCUCUUCUGAGAACACGGCCCCUGCUUCUACUGAGAGGCCAAGAGUUAGACAUCAGCAUAGCCUGUCAAUGGAUGGGUCUACUACAAUUAAGCCAGAGAUGCUUAUGUCGGGUAUGGAAGAGAACUCUGCUGCUGAUUCCAAGAAAGCGAUGUCUGCUGCUAAGCUUGCUGAGCUUGCACUCAUUGAUCCAAAGCGUGCUAAAAGGAUUUGGGCAAAUAGGCAGUCGGCUGCAAGGUCAAAGGAAAGGAAGAUGAGGUAUAUAGCUGAGCUUGAGCGAAAAGUCCAGACUCUGCAGACAGAAGCGACCUCAUUGUCUGCUCAAUUAACCCUGUUGCAGAGAGAUACAAAUGGUCUGACUGCGGAGAACAGUGAGCUGAAACUGCGUUUGCAAACAAUGGAGCAACAGGUUCAUUUGCAAGAUGCAUUAAAUGAUGCCCUGAAAGAGGAGAUCCAGCAUCUGAAAGUACUGACUGGCCAAACUAUUCCAAAUGGUGGAACUAUGAUGAACUUUCCUCCUUCCUACGGGGCCAACCAGCAAUUCUACCCUAGUAACCAAGCUAUGCACACACUGUUAACAGCACAGCAGUUUCAACAGCUUCAGAUUCAAUCUCAGAAGCAGCAGCAGCAUCACUUUCAACAACAUCAGUUACACCAGUUUCAGCAGCAACAACUGCAACACCAGCAGCAGCCCCAACAACAGCUGCAGCAACAGGAACAACAUCCGCAACAAACUAUGGACUUAAAAAUGAGAGGUUCCAUGCCGUCUCCGAGCCAUAUGGGAAAGGCUUCAGAAAAUUAAUCCACCUGCGUAGAAGAAUUGAGUUGAGAAAUAGGCAUGUUGGCCCGGUAUUGAGAAUCAGUGGUUGUCCAAAAUCUUGUGUCACAUUUUGUUGUCAAAUAGAUCAACUGUCUUUUUUUUAGAUUGAAUUUAUAUAGCUUUUUUUGGGGUCCUAGGCUGGUAAGUUUGAAUUUAGUUGUUAAAUAUUGGGUUGGGUUAUUCAUUCAUAUGUUGUAGUUAUGGAACACAUUUUUUGUUUUUCCCCUGCAAUUUAAAGAGAGUCCUGUUGUAUUUGUUGAAAUAUUUUCGGAUUUUUAGAAUACAGUUACAAAUUGGACUUA